AUGGUAUCUUACCAUGCCGUCCAAUCCUCCAACGCUCAAAUCUCCACCCUCAUUCCCGGCCGCCUCACAGCAGUCUUUGCAGGCGGCACGAGCGGACUAGGAGAAUACACGCUCAAGUCCUUCGCCAAAUACGUUGCAGAACCACGGAUCUACUUCAUCGGACGUUCGCAGGAGGCCGCGGACCGGAUAGUCAAGGAGUGCCAGGUGCUAAAUCCACGGGGCGAGUAUAUUUUCCUGAAGAAAGAGUUGAGCUUGGUUCAGAAUGUGGAUGAAGUGUGUCAGGAGAUUAUGGACCGAGAAGGGCCAGAUGGGUAUAUCAACUUACUUUUCGUGAGCCAGGCGAUGGCUUACAAUACUACUGUAACAUCCGAAGGUUUUAUGCUGCCCAUCGCCUUAGUGAUCUACUCCCGUUUCCGCUUCAUCAUCAACCUCCUUCCUCUCCUCAAUCGCGCGACGGCACUUCGCCGCGUGAUAUCGGUCUUCUUGGGAGGCAGAGAAGGACCCGUCGAUAUCGAUGAUCUAAAUUUCAAGGACGGGUUGUCCAAGCCGAUCAAGUUCAGGGAUCAAGCGUUGAGUAUGAUGACGUUGUCAAUGGAAGUACUGGCCGAGCAGAAUCCUGGAGUGGGGUUCAUUCAUACAGCUCCAGGAAGCGUGAAGUCCGGUAUCUUCAGAGAGCCCGGCCUGAUCAACGGGACGCUGAGAUUCCUCUCCUGGCUCGCUCUGAUGCUAGGCUAUAACCUCACUCCCGAAGAAGCAGGGGACAGACAUCUUUACUACGCUACUAGUGCACGGUAUCCUUCGAAAGCAGGCGCGAAGAGCGACGUCCAAGUCGUGCCGUUGUGUGAGGGCGUGGAUGUUAGUGAGGGUACGGAUCAGUCAGUGGGUAGUGGUGUCUAUACGCCUGGUCCUGAUGGUGAGAGUUGGGCAACAGACAAGGUGAAGGAGUGUUUGGCGAGGAUGAGGGAGGAUGGCGUACCUGCGAAGGUGUGGGAGUAUAUUGAAGGCGAGUUUGUCAGGACUACUGGGAGGGUGAAGAUCGAAGCGAGACUUGAGACCUCAGCGUAA